AUGGCCGACAACGACGAUCUUCUCGACUAUGAAGACGAGGAACAGGCAGAUCAGCAAACCGCAGACGGAGCCACAGAAGCGGCGCCAAAAAAAGAGGUUAAGGGAUCGUACGUAUCGAUUCACAGCUCAGGUUUCAGAGAUUUUCUUUUAAAACCCGAAAUAUUAAGAGCAAUUGUUGAUUGCGGUUUUGAACAUCCUUCAGAAGUCCAACAUGAAUGUAUUCCACAAGCUGUACUUGGUAUGGACAUUUUGUGCCAAGCCAAGUCCGGUAUGGGCAAAACCGCUGUGUUUGUAUUAGCAACGCUUCAACAACUUGAGCCCUCGGAAAAUCAUGUUUAUGUGUUGGUUAUGUGCCAUACAAGAGAAUUAGCUUUUCAAAUCAGUAAAGAGUACGAGCGUUUCUCGAAAUAUAUGGCCGGCGUUCGGGUGUCGGUUUUCUUCGGCGGAAUGCCUAUACAAAAAGACGAGGAGGUUUUGAAAAUUGCUUGCCCACACAUUGUUGUGGGGACACCUGGUAGAAUUCUCGCUUUAGUCAACAGCAAGAAGCUAAACUUAAAGCACCUCAAGCAUUUUAUCCUCGACGAAUGUGACAAGAUGUUGGAGUCAUUAGACAUGAGGCGGGAUGUACAGGAGAUUUUUAGGAACACUCCUCAUGGAAAACAAGUGAUGAUGUUUUCUGCUACUUUGAGCAAAGAGAUCCGGCCAGUUUGCAAGAAAUUCAUGCAAGACCCAAUGGAAGUGUAUGUGGAUGACGAAGCCAAAUUGACAUUGCAUGGUCUGCAGCAACAUUAUGUUAAACUUAAAGAGAAUGAGAAGAACAAGAAACUUUUUGAACUGCUUGAUGUGUUGGAAUUCAAUCAAGUAGUGAUUUUUGUUAAAUCAGUUCAACGCUGCAUAGCACUAGCACAACUACUUACAGAUCAAAACUUUCCCGCUAUUGGUAUUCACAGGAACAUGACUCAAGAUGAACGGCUAUCCCGCUAUCAGCAAUUUAAGGAUUUCCAAAAAAGAAUUCUAGUUGCUACCAACUUGUUUGGCCGUGGUAUGGAUAUAGAGCGAGUAAACAUUGUUUUCAACUAUGAUAUGCCUGAAGAUUCUGACACAUACCUUCACCGAGUGGCUCGUGCUGGACGAUUUGGCACAAAAGGUCUUGCUAUUACCAUGGUUUCCGAUGUAAAUGAUGCAAAAAUUCUUAAUGAAGUUCAAGACAGAUUUGACGUGAAUAUAACUGAAUUACCUGAAGAAAUAGAGCUGUCUACAUAUAUUGAAGGCCGA